CUUGUAUAAAUACCCUCAUCCCUCCACAAUUAUAAACUAAUCCAAUCACUUUUGCUCCUAUAUUUCAUCAUGAGAACUCAUAUUUUUCCUUUCCUCAAUAUUUUACUUCCUCUUUCCUUCUCUUUCAUCCUCUCAACUUUCCAUCUCUCCCUAGUAGCUUCUUCUUCUUCAAAUCUCAUCCAAGGCACCUGCAAAAAGUGUUCCGACACCGACCCAAAUCUCAGUUACAACUUUUGCACAGUCUCCUUCGAGUCUUCUCCCGACGGUCGCCGGUGCGCCGAUCUCCGAGACUUGGGUCUCGUCUCGAUAAGAUUGACCAAAAACAACGUGACUUCUACUAGGCAUUUCAUAAAACACCUUCUCCACAAUGACAAUAAUAAGAAGAAAUUGGACCCUUAUGUGAAGGCUUGCUUGAGAGACUGUAUGGAGCUGUUUAAUGAUGCGGUGUUGACAAUCAAAGUGGCUGUGAAGGAUUACAAGGCGAAGCGAUACGAUGACGCGAAUAUAGGUUUGAGUUCGGUGAUUGACGCUUCAUCGACGUGUGAGGAUGGGUUUAAGGAGACCGAUGAAACCAAAAAGCACGUUGUUUCGCCUUUGUCGAAGAGAAACAACAAUACGUUUCAGCUUACUGCUAUUUCUCUUUCCAUUAUAAAUAUGCUCCGUAAUUAAAUUAAUAUUGAAACACAAUUUAUUUGUAUUUAGUUAUAUUAUUUGAUAUCUUCGUUAAAAUUAAUUCAUUUGUCUUCACAUAA